CUUAGAUAAAGAUAACUGAACGAUGGCCAACAAUAGUGUCAAUGUAUUGGACGAGCAAACAGACGAAAAUAUCUGUGCCACGGAAAAUGACGACAAUCAACCGAAAACUCCCGGCAUCCCUUUAUCCAGAAAACUGUGCUAUGCAGUUGGAGGAAUGCCUUAUCAAAUGACUGCAACCGCCAAGGGCUUUUUCAUGCAGAUCUUUUUACUGGAUGUUGUGAAGAUGGGAGCUUUUUCUGCAUCCAUCAUUCUCUUCCUUGGUCGAGCUUGGGAUGCCAUUUCGGAUCCUCUGAUUGGAUAUGCUGUGAGCAAGAGUGGCCGGACCAGAAUUGGCAAACUUAUUCCUUGGAUUGUGUUCACAAUGCCACUUGGGGUCCUAUCAUACGUUAUGCUCUGGUAUACCCCACAGGACACCAUGUCCCCUGCCUUCCGUUUCGGCUGGUACUUCACAUGGUGCUGUCUGUUUGACACCUUCAUGAGUUGCUACCAUGUGCCAUAUUCUUCCCUAAACAUGUUUCUGGGGGGGAAUCAGAAGGAUCGUGAUUCAGCCACUGGUUACAGAAUGGGCAUGGAAGUGUUUGCUACCCUGGCAGGAGCUGCCAUUCAGGGUCAGAUAGUUGGGGUGCACCAUGCCAGGAGGACAAAAGUCUGCAGUUUACAGAAUGGCACGGAAGGGGCUUCUGGGAACCACACAGACUCACUGGAUGACAUAUCUGACAGUCUACAAAAUAUAAGAAGAGCCUAUUUGACUGGAGCAUUAGUAUUAGGAAUGCUGUACUUCCUUUGCUGCCUCGUGCUUUUUCUUGGAGUGAAGGAGCAUUUGGCCCCUCUAAGUAAACUGGACAGCAUAAAUGUCCCCUAUCUAACUGGAAUGAAGAUGGUGGUGAGACACACUCCAUAUGUGUGGCUUGUAUUUGGCUUCCUAUUUGCUUCACUUGCCUUCCAGAUGGCUCAGGGGAAUUUCGCCCUCUUCUGUACUCAUGCAGCGAAUAUGGGAGCAUAUUUCCAGCAUCUUGUUCUUAUAUUACUGACAUCAGCUACAAUAUCCAUCCCAAUGUGGCAGACACUACUGGUCAAAAAAGGCAAGAAGACCACCAUAUUCAUCGGCCUAUCAGUAUAUAUCCCAGCUCUAAUUGUGAUAUCCCUAGUGAAAAAUAAUUUACCCAUCUUCAUUAUUAUGUCCAUGUUAUCUGGCACAAGUCUGGCAGCCCUCUAUCUGCUCCCUUGGUCAAUGUUGCCAGAUGUAGUGGACGACUUCAAAGUCAAGAACCCAUCAUGCCAGGAUCUAGAACCAUUGUUCUACUCCUGCUACGUUUUCUUCAACAAAUUUGGAGGAGGCAUGUCUGUUGGAGUCUCUACUUUGGUUCUACACUUUGCAGGAUACAAGCCUGGUGCUUGUAAACACAAUCCAGAGGUCAUAUACUCGCUGCAGGUGCUCUUCGCUCCGGUGCCAAUCUGCCUGCUGCUCAUCGGUUUGGUGAUUUUUUACUUCUAUCCCAUCAAUGAAGAGCGACGGAGGAAAAUCCAGGAUGCAUUAAGAAAAGCAGGGACAGAGACCGGCUUGAAAGGAGAAGAAGAGCUGAGCCUUUAAAGUAAUCUGUGGCUUUCACUACUUUUGUUUCACUGCUGAACUGUUGAUCAUGAACAUACUUUGUUUUCAGCUCAGUGUAAAGGCUCUUUCAUUGUGCAUUGUGAAUAUUUUUUAAUCCUGCUUCAGGGGACCUCAACCCCAUUUAGGAGACUCAGUAAUCAUAAACACUUAUAUCAGGUCAGGGAGAUCUUUACUAAUGAGCUGAAUUACAGUAGAUGAAUAAAAGAGACACUCAGAGCGUGCAGUGCUAAGGGCCCCUUAGGACUAGAAUUGAGAAACAUUAGUGCACUUGAGGGUGCAGUGUGCAAUUUCCACACCAUAUACAGACGAACAGAUACUCCUGCCUCAAAACCAUAUUAAGCCAGUGUUGCAGUGUGAAAAGUGUUUAUAUCAACCAGUGAAUAAACCAGCAAAUGGUUUACUGAUAAGUGUCUCUGCAUAUUACAGUUUUUUUUAUUGCUAAAAAGUUUUAGGCUAUUUGAGGCACAUACAGUGAAAGCAUUCAUUCAUAUAUUCAUUCGUUCAGACCAAGUCUGCAGAACUGCAAGCUCAUUAUCUGUCCUUGUGUUUAAUUAACAAAAAACUGCUAUUUAAAUGCCACACUUAAUUAUUGAUUACUUACACCCUAUGGCAAUGUGUGAAAACAUUAAUACAUGAUACACAUAAUGUAAAUCUACUAGGGCUGUUAAACCGAUUAAUCGUGAUUAAUCACAUCCAAAAUAAAAGUUUGUGAACACAUAAUAUAUGAGUGUGUAAGAUAUAUAUGGUAUGUAAUAUAUAUUUAUAUAUAAUACAAAUCAUAUCUAAACAUGAAUAUACAUGUAAAUAUUUCGUAAAAAUAUGCAUGUAUGUGCGUGUAU